AUGGUCGACGCAAUUCUAGCACCCCAGGACGUGUCUCUGGUCGAUCACUUCGGUCGACAGGUGUUGCACUGGAUCGUCGACUACUCGACGGCGUGGUACGCGACGCUCAGCCACUGCGAUCUGGUGGACAACUUUAAGAAGGUGGAUUCCGGGGCCAAAAUCCUGCUGCAGGGGCUUGGCGUGAAGACGGGCCACAACGACGACGAGGACGAGGACGACGAGGAAGAGGAGGAGGAGGAAGAGGACGGGGAAGGUGGCCAGGGUCGGCACCGUCGCCGGAAGUAUCGCCGGGCGGCCGCGCGAGGAUUCAUCAAUCGAUACCAUCCGCUGGUCGAGUACGGUGAGCGGAACUUUGAGAAUCUUAUGCUCGCGGACCUGAUGGAGAACUGCGAGGGAGGCAUUCCGAUUGAGAUGUUCAAUGUGUUGGCCCCGUUCCAUCAGAACAGUGCGGGCGCUGGUGCUGGUGGUGCCGGUGUUGCCACCGCAGCGGGUAGCGGCCAGAACGUGCGGCUAGAGAACAUGCAGGUGACGCAACCCUGCAGUGCACCGUCAUCACCGACGAUUGCAUCGCCCGGUGCACUCAGUUCCACCUCGUUCUGUCUGGCCAAUGGUGGUGGUGUUGGAGGUGGCCUCGGCAGUGGCGGUUGUAGCGUGAUCUCCAGCACGACAGCGGCCGAUACAGCGGAUCCGAACUGGCAGGCCAACAAAUCGACCGUACGCGAACGCAAUGCUGCCAUGUUUAACAACGACCUGAUGGCGGAUGUCCGGUUCAUCGUUGGUUCCGAUGAGCAAGUGCAAACGAUUCCAGCCCACAAGUACGUACUAGCGACGGGAAGCUCCGUUUUCUACGCCAUGUUCUACGGUGGGUUGGCCGAAAACAAGCAGGACAUCAAGGUGCCGGAUGUGGAACCGGGAGCGUUCCUGACGCUGCUAAAGUAUCUGUACUGUGAUGAGAUCCAGCUCGAAGCGGACAACGUCCUGGCGACGCUGUACGUCGCGAAGAAGUACAUUGUGCCGCAUCUGGCCCGGGCGUGCGUCAACUAUCUCGAAACUAGUCUCACGGCGAAAAACGCCUGCCUGUUGCUAAGCCAGUCGCGCUUGUUCGAGGAACCGGAACUGAUGCAGCGCUGCUGGGAAGUGAUCGAUGCGCAGGCGGAAAUGGCGAUCAAAUCAGAGGGCUUUGUCGACAUCGAUCUAAAAACAUUCGAAACCAUUCUGGCCCGCGAAACGCUCAACUGCAAGGAAAUCCAUCUGUUCGAGGCCGCACUAAGCUGGGCCCACGCGGGCUGCACGAAAAUGGACAUCGAACCAACCUCCUCCAACAAGCGGCAGCUGCUCGCUCAAGCCCUGUACCUGAUUCGCAUCCCGACGAUGACGCUCGAGGAGUUUGCCAACCGGGUCGCGCAGCUAGGCAUACUGACCAACCAGGAGACAAUCGACAUUUUCCUCAACUUCACCGCCAAGAACAAGCCCAAACUCACGUUUCCGGUGAAGGCGCGAGCCGGACUGAAGACGCAGGUGUGCCAUCGGUUCGCAUCGUGCGCGUACCGCAGCAACCAGUGGCGCUACCGGGGCCGGUGCGAUUCGAUACAGUUUUCCGUCGACAAGCGCAUCUUCAUCGUGGGCUUCGGGUUGUACGGUUCGUCCACGGGGGCGGCCGAUUACGACGUCAAGAUCGAGCUGAAGCGGCUUGGGCGUGUGCUGGCGGAAAACAGCACCAAGUUUUUCUCGGACGGCUCGAGCAACACGUUCCAGGUGUUCUUCGAGACGCCGAUACAGAUCGAACCGGAGUGUUUCUACACCGCCUCGGUGGUGCUGGAUGGAACCGAACUGAGCUUUUUCGGCCAGGAGGGUAUGAGCGAAGUGAGCGUCGGGACGGUCACGUUCCAGUUUCAGUGCUCGUCCGAAAGCACAAAUGGUACGGGUGUACAGGGUGGCCAGAUACCGGAGCUUAUCUUCUACGGGCCCAUGGGCAUUAGCCAGCAGAGCAGCAUCAUGAGUGCGAGUGCCAGCAAUAAUACUAUCAAUAACAAUCACACCACCACUGGUGGGCAUUCGCCGGGCAACCACAACAACAACAACGGUAAGCCGGCUAGCAACAGUUCCGGCAGCAAUCAUCCAGCGUCUACAACAACAACGUCAUCCUCCUCGUCGUCAACGCAAGGAAGUGGCUUGUUGCUGAUGGGAGCAGGAAGCAGCUCGUCUGCAAAUUCGAACACCGACCGGUCCAAUCCGUUUGGGAACGGUGUCGAUCACGAGAGUGCUCUCGCCAGCUCCAACGGAGUGGGAGUUGCAAGUUGGCUUCAACCGGCGACAGGCGCGGUCACAGGACAUCAGCAGCUGUUGGCAAACAGUGGCGAUCCAUCGGAGUGAUCGCAUUCUGGCGUACAGAGCGCGGUAUUAAAUGAAUCCGAAAAGCCGUAUCAAACGACGAAUCGAUCGACGAAUGCCACUCGGUGUACAAGCGACAGGAUUGUAUGGUAGACACGCGAACGCACAGCAGGUUGCUAACGUUGCAAGGACAUUUCAGUAUGUUUUGCUUUAGGCGAUCCGCCACUGAUUAUUGCAUUAAUUGAAGUUUAUUCACGUAGCGAUUACCGUAGAACAACAGGAGAGAAGAAGAAAAAGGAAAAAAACCCCAUUCACUGUAGUAGUGCUAGUCAAACAUACAUUUUUACUAAACUGAAACUGUGCACACGUGCGAUGCUGUGUGAUUAAUUUUUUUCUUUACGAGCUUUUCUUAGGUCUUCCGAAUAUCUCUCAAUCUAGAUUUGGGUUUUUUUUUCGGCAAAUCGCCAUUUAGUACUCAGUAGUGAAAAAUUUAUUAGCGUUAGAGCUUGUGGAUCAAAGCAGCCUUCUGGAUUACGAAAAGUCAUUAGAAUACUGCAGUAUUUUCAUUACGAUCGGGAUGGUUUUAUCUGUUUUUAAGCGUGUUUUGACUCAUUUACGUCAGUAGCACUAUGAUGCGUUUGCAAUUCUCGCCUACUUAGAGCAACAACAAAAAAGUUCCAGCCGUUAUAUGUCACUAAAGAGAAAAAAAUCUUUAGUGCAUCGUUGCGCUGGAAGCUGAUACCUUUACGAUCUCUGGUCGACGAGACAAAUUCUGGCGCAUAACGCAACAUUCAACACACAUCCACUAAGUAGAAAAUAUAUACAACACAAAUCGAACGAAGACAGCAGCCCCCCGGGGGCUGCUUCAGGGGAGAACGCGUUGUGCGAGCAUUGAGCAGCGGCGAGUGAACAAAGAAAAUGGUUUCCUUUUUAGUACGUAAGUCAAAUGAGCUAGUUGUUAAGGGGGCGAUCACGGAUUAUACGGCAUCGUCGCAGCCUGCGCGCAUAAUUGUUAAAAAGGACUGUUAUCCUCGGAAGUGAGUGAUAAAUGCGAUAAGUGCGCGAACGAUACACGCGCGUCAGCAAACGGUUUUGGUGCGGUUCAGCAAUUUGGCUAGUUAAACAAUUACGUUACGGUCUACAUUUUAUGUCCUUAAGUUUGAUGAAAAAGGUAAAGCAAACCCCACUUUGAUCGGAACUAAACAAAAGAAGUAGGAUCGUUAGUAAUUUUGGCUUAUCGUUUCCGCCGUUAGAUGAAUUCAAAGCAUUUCCGUGAGUGUUGUGUUUUUUUAAUACGUUUGAACAUCCUUUGUUAACGUUUUGAUGUGCAUAACUAAGAUGCAGUUAUAUUUCAUGCUCGUUUUUAGACAGUGCCCUUAACCGAUGGCGAGUGUACAAGAGUGGCUGGUAGCGGACGUGUGAGAAGCGCAACAUACUACCAACUAUUGUCACAGGCGAUAUUAUAUAGAAUGAAAAUAUGCGAUAUAUUUAAAAUUUGAACAUUUUCCAAAUAAACUAAAGUAGAUGCAUACUAGUAGCA